AUGAAAAUGUUAGCGAGGUCAUAUAUGUGGUGGCCGAACAUUGACAGAGAUAUAGAAUUAGUAACGGCGGCAUGUUCGGUUUGCGCGCAAGAACGAAAGAAACCUGCGAAUGUACCGUUAACACCUUGGCCGUGGCCGGAUAAAGCCUGGAGUAGGAUUCAUUGCGAUUUUCUAGGUCCGUUUCACGGGCAUAUGUUUAUGCUUAUAAUAGACGCGCAUUCAAAGUGGCCAGAGAUUGUCGACAUGAACAAUUGUACUCAGGUACCGAAGGUGCUGGCGGAAUUUAAGAAGGUAUUAGGUAGAUUUGGACUACCGAGACAUUUAGUUACCGACAACGGGACCCAAUUCACGAGCGUUGAAUUUAGAGAAUUUAUGAGGAAAAACGGUAUUAAACAAAGUUGUUCAGCACCUCAUCACCCUGCUACGAAUGGGACGGCGGAAAAUUUUGUUGGAACAUUUAAAAAUAAGGUCGAAAAAAUGGUUAAGAGUGGUAAAACACUUGAGCACGCGAUAAAUCUAUUUUUAUUUGACUACCGGUCAACUGAACAUUGUACGACAGGUAGAACUCCGGCGUGGAUGAUGUAUAAACGAGAGCUAAGGACGAGAUUCGAUUUACUUAAACCGGACGCGACCGACAACAUCGAGAAUAAGCACAUUGCUCAAAUAGCGGCUCGCAAGGGGCAUCGUAACGUCACAUUUCAAAUCGGUGAAGAAGUAAUGGUUGAUGAUUUUAGUGUCCAAAAUAAGAAACGCAGUCGGGGAAAAAUAAUAAAGCAGUUAUCGCCUGUAACUUUUGAGGUCGAAAUUUCUCCUAACUGUACGUGGAAGAGACACGUAGACCAAAUAAUUAAAAUUAGGGGAACCGACGAAUUAAUAGAUGGAACCGAUGCAGGAAGGGCGGCAGCCAAACAACAGAUGUGCGUGCGUCGUUCUGCGAGAUUAAAAGGAAAAGUAAACACGUCGUAA